AUGAGAGCCCAACAAUGGGAUAUUAUUAAAUCUGCUAUCACUGAUUUGAAUGCUCCUUGGCUUUUGUUGGGCGAUUUGAAUUUUAUUAUGGAUGCUUGUGAAAAAUCUGGCGGUAAUAAGGUUAGUCAAACUCAGCUUGACAACAAUAGGGAUCUGAUUGAGAUGGCUGGUCUAUAUAAUUUACCAUUCUCCGGUAAUAUUAUGACAUGUUCUAAUAGAAGACAUGGUGCUGAGUUAAUACAAGAGAGGCUAGAUAGAGCCCUAGGAAAUGAUAGUUGGUUCAACUAUUUCCCUAAUUCUCAUGUGUUUCAUUUAGCUCCUAUUGGCAGUGACCAUAGUCCUAUUCUAGUAACUACUGCUAGGAAUAAUUGUCCCACCAAAAAACCUAGAAAAUUCAAUAAGUGCUGGUUGAGAGAUCCUCAAUGUAAGGAUAUUAUUGGUAAUAUUAAUAGAGAACUUGAACUUUUACAUGCAGAAGGUGUGGUUGACAGUAAUGAUACUAGACUUAUUGUUUUGCAUGAGAAACUAGAUUACUGGAAUAAGAUCCAAGCUGAUUUUUAUAGUCAAAGAGCUAAAGACGAUAUGCUUAAUUUUGAUGAUAAAAACUCUGCCAAUUUUCAUACUAGAGCGAAUCAUAGGAAGAGAAGAUCUCAAAUUGAAUGUAUCUAG